AUGUAUGGAAUUAUGCCAUACGUUGCUCCGGAGGUCCUAAAAAGAGCACCUUUCACACAAGCAGCUGAUAUCUAUAGUCUUGGCAUUAUUAUGACAGAGAUAGCGACUGGAAAAAGAGCAUUUGAUGGUGAACGGCCAGGAUUUAAUGAAGGAAUUCCAGAAUGUUACAUUACAUUAAGCUAA